AUGAACACCCCCGAUAGCGAAACCGACUAUCCCACGGACAAUAUCCUCUCGAGCACAGGGUCUGACGAACGCUGCGGCGACGACGAUAUCUGCGGCGAAGGUGACUUCUGCGGUAACGACUCCGACUCCGAUCACGGUCACACUCACACCACCUACAUCAAGAUCAAGUCCAAAAACGGCGCAUCUAGCCGGGUGAAGCCGCCCACCGUCUCUGUCAAACAUCGUUCGCCUCAUUCCAGAGUAAAGCGCCGUGAUUAUACCAGUGACCGCGAGUUCACCGUCUGCUUCCUCAUGAUCCUGGUCAUUCUGGCACUCUUGUUUCCUGAGGGAACAUCUGUUUCCUUCAAGGUUAUGGGCUUCGUACUGGCCGAGAUUACAUCAAUUCUGUUCGAGGGAAAAAUUCUCCGAAUGGGAGAAAAGGAGCAGGAGACAAAGAACAAGGGUGUCGAAGGAAAGGAGAUGAAAUGA